AUGCGCCCUGGGCUGGCUAAACCGGGCGCGCUCCCACUCCUGGCCCUGAUUGUGUUCUCGCUGCUCACUCUGGUGCCAUCACUGUCGAGUAUAUACAACAUUAAGUUAGCGGAUUUUGCGUCCUACACCAACGGAGCUCGUCAAGUCCCUCUCAUCCAGAAUAACGCUGCCGACCUUGUCUCGGAAACACAUCCAGUCGAUCCUCGCAGGCCAUGGAUCCUGGCUGCGCAGUAUCGGCCUCGUGGGAACCGCCCGUCGCGGUCGUCACGGACGGGCCACAGCGCGCCGACCUUUCCCAGCGAGAUUGCCCCUGUCAAAAAUGAAAGUCGCGUUUCGCACAGUGCCGAGUCCUCGUUCAUGUUCAGUCGAAGGGCUCAUGCAUUUCGAACGUAUUUCAUUCAGCAAUUAGACGACUAUCAAUUCCUCACCCCCUUUACCAACCGGAACUACGCCACCGCAAACGCGAACCUCCCCCCUACUCUAGCGCCGUCGAACAUUAAUCCCUCGCCAACCUCGGACCACGACAAAAUCUUCGAACACACCCAACAAUUGAGUAAUGGAUUGACCGCGUUAAAAGACGAUUCGGGACUUCAUCUCCCUUCCUUGCGCAACAAGUGGCAGCAGGCCUGCCGUUCCGCAACUGGCCUUUCCUCAAAAGUAUCGCCGUAUAAUUCCGCCCUCCAUUCACUGAUCCGAAGUGGAUCAAAAUACCUCGAAUCGAUGUUCUCGGGCAAUGCAUCUCCGAAUCCUGCAACAUCGCAAACCGACAACGAUCGCGCUCUCCCAGUCCCAACACAAAUAUCAGAAAAAAUCCCAGGUGGCCAGGCCACCGACGCUGCUAGCCACCAUUCGCGGGAGCUACGAGGUAGCUGCAUGGCUGUGGUGAUCGGGCUGGUUGUAGGGAUAAUGUGGUUCUAG